AUAUCUUUCACAUUUAUCUGCAAAUGUCAAACAAUCUCAGCUUUCCCUCUGCCCUCUUAUCAAAUCCCCAUAUUUGGCUUUCUUUCUUUGCAGAGCAUGUAUAAAUACAUCACUUCUCAUUCUUCAUAUUCUUCAUCCCAUUCUUCGCUUUAUGCAAAGAAAAAAACACACACACACGCACACAAAAUUUGAUAAAGAGAAACAAGAGCGAUGGCAGAAGGAAGCACAAAUGGACACCAUGAGGGUCUCUCUCUGCAUGUAAAUGAUAGUGACACAAAUCACCGUGCUUUUUCCUCUAUUUUAAGCUUACCAUUUAUGCAGAAGUUGAUUGCUGAGUUGCUGGGAACAUAUUUUGUGAUAUUUUCCGGGCAGGCAGCAGUGAUGAUUAAUUUGGCGGAGGGCAACUUGGUGACACUCCCCGGGAUUUCAAUAGUCUGGGGACUUGCGGUCAUGGUUAUGAUUUACUCUGUUGGCCAUAUCUCUGGAGCUCAUUUUAAUCCUGCUGUCACCAUUGCUUUUGCCUCUUGCAAAAGGUUUCCAUGGAAAGAGGUUCCCCCUUAUAUCAUGGCUCAAGUAGCUGGAUCCACUCUAGCCAGCGGAACUCUACGGCUAAUAUUUAACGGGAAGCAAGAUGUUUUUCCAGGCACCCUUCCAUCAGGAUCGGAUCUCCAAUCCUUUGUCCUGGAGUUUGUCAUCACAUUCUACCUAAUGUUUGUCAUAUCUGGCGUCGCCACUGACAAUCGAGCUAUUGGUGAACUCGCCGGGCUUGCUGUUGGAGCUACCAUUUUGGUUAAUGUCAUGACUGUAGGGUAUCAGUCCCCAACAUCAAUCUUUCAGCCAAUAUCAGGUGCAUCAAUGAAUCCAGCCAGGAGUCUGGGGCCAGCAAUAGUAGCCAACAGAUACACAGGGAUUUGGAUUUACAUGGUCGGUCCUAUAGCAGGUGCCGUCGCGGGUGCAUGGGUUUACAAUAUUAUGAGAUUUACAAACAAGCCCUUGCGAGAGAUCACCAAGAAUGCCUCUUUUCUUAGAUCCUCGCCGCGUUCUUGAUCCACUUGUAUUACUAUGACUUUACAAGGAUAAUUAUUAUAGUCACCAAGAUGUAAAUGAUUGGCAUGUUCCGUUCAAAGGUAGAAUACUGUGUUUCUCAUAA